AAUUUCGUUGAAAAAUAUAUGUCGAUUGAUUUGAUACACAUUUCUUGAUUUUAUAGAUUUUAAUAAAACGUAAUUAAGCAUAAAUACUUUAAAAUGAAUCGUAACAUUUUAUCGGUUGUUAUUCCAAUUGUUUUUGCAAAGUUUGUUCUGUGCACAGUCCACACUGGAUCAGCUCAACCCGUAUUUGAAGAUGAAGUUGGUGUUGAAAGGUAUAUCGUUGAAGGUAGAGUUUUUCCACCUGAACCUAACGAAGCAAGCAAUUGGCAAAUAGACACAAGAAUACAUAUUAAUGGUGGCGAGUAUAUUGGAUUCGUAAAAAAUGACGGGUCAUUCACUGUACACAAUGUACCUUCGGGCUCGUAUGUUGUAGAAAUUGUGCACCCCGACUAUAUGUAUGAGCCCGUCAGAGUAGAAAUUAACUCGAGAGGCAAAAUAAGAGCAAGAAAAGUUAACUACAUUCAGACAUCACAGGUUAUUCAAGUACCCUACCCUCUGAAAAUGAAACCAGGUUCUCGAUGCAGAUACUUCCAAGCAAGAGAACAAUGGAGAGUUACGGACUUCCUGUUUAACCCAAUGGUCAUUAUGAUGGUGCUGCCUCUAUUCCUUAUUAUGAUUUUACCCAAAAUGAUGAAUGAUCCAGAAACAAAAGAAGACUUGAAGCAAAUCAGUAAUAUGACCAAAAUGUCAGAUUUUCCAGAAAUGUCGGAAUAUAUAACUGCAAUGUUUAGCGGAGGUGCAAAGCCUAGUGCUUCAAAAGCGAAACAAGUCAAAAAGAGGCAAUAAAUCUUUUGUUAAUCUAUUUAGUCAACUUAUGUUAUAGGAAUUCAACCCUUAUAUAAUAAAUUAUUUAAAGUAUUUUA